UUCACAGAAGAAAUAUUUUUUCGGAAGAAGAUCCCUACAAAGCGGCCCUAUUUCUUUUCAGACAGAAAAAGUCGAAGAAUCCGAAAACCGACGAUGUACGCCAGGACAAAUACCGGCAGCACACAUGGAGACUUUCAAGAUAGAAACGGAGUGAAUUAUGUGACAUCCACAGAGUCUUUCGGCCACUGCUCUCAAUUGUUCUGGAAAAAGGAUCCGAACGACUCCGGACCGAGUUCGACCAUCAGCUGGUGCGAUCAGCUCCCUUCGUCCUCAGCAGCACUCUCCAGUUCCAGUCUCUCCUCAGCGUCACUCUCCAGCUCCAGUCUGUCCUUGGAGUCCCGAGCGCCGGCACCAGCGCCAGCGACGACGGCGUCAGACGACAUGGAGUCGGACGAGAGGCCGUACGUCUGCGACCUGUGCACCUGCGCCUACAAGCACGCCAGCUCCCUGCUCAACCACAAGCUCACCCACAAGACUGGAGACUUCAGGUGCGACUUCUGUAGCAAGCCCUACACCAACUACAUGUCCCUGCGCAACCACAUGCGAAUCCACGGUCAGAAGCGCUACAUGUGUGACCUCUGCGGGAAGGCCUUCCGCUUAGCCCGUUACCUCCGCAACCACCAGAGGAUCCAUGACGACGGGCCCAACCGCUUCGACUGUCCCUCCUGCUGCAAGAGCUACAGGACCAUGCUGGAGCUGGCCCAGCACCGCUGCACCGCUGCUGCAACCAACCAGAACCGGUUCAACUGCCCGUCCUGCUUUAAGAGCUACCGAACCAUGCUGGACCUGGCCCAGCAUCGCUGCAGCGCCGCGGCCAAAAACCAGUCCGGCAGUCGUCGUUCCAAUUACUCCAACGCUGCCCGCCGUCAGCAGCAACAGCAACAGCAGAACAGCGCCAACUCCAUGAUGCAACCGCAGCACGGAGGACACGGCCAGCAGGAACCUCUGCCCUCCCACUGCGUCUCCCCCAUGUCCCAGGGAGGGCAGGGCGGUGUGAGCAGCCAGUCUGUGCCUGACCCCCACCAGCAGGGCCGUCCCAGCUCGGUGUCCUCCCAGAGCAGCCAGCAGAGCAUGAGGAGCUCGUCCUCCAACAAACACGUCUCCUCCUCCAGCGCCACCCCGUCCUCCUCCUACUCCCUGCUCCAGCCCCUGGUGCCUGAGGUAAAGGAGAUGAGCUCGGGAUACACUAGACUGAGCGCCAACCCCAUGCCGAAGCAUCAGGACACUUUCUCUCUGGCCCCCCAGCGGCCCCUCACCACCAUCAACCCCAUCGGCCACUCCCUCCAUCCGAACGGAGCGCCCACGCUCAAGCCUUCCCCCGUGCCACGCACCAUCCAGGCCAUGCCCUGGGAGCAGCGCUCCCUCUACAAUCAAUGAGACCUCCCGGGAACCAGCCGCCCUCCCUCACGGUCGCGUCCUCCACCGCCACCACCCCCCCCCCACCCACCCCACACCCUCCUCCUCCUCCGCCUCUUUCGGACCCAGCAUCAAGGAGGAAGGAGUUGGGAUGCCCCUCCACCACAUCACCCCCUCCUUUGGAACGUUGUGUUUGGGAACGGGGAAGGGCACAUUGAGAACUAGUUGAGAUUGAUUACUGAGUAGUUAGGUUUAAAAAAAAUGUGUUGCCUUGACCCUCAUGUAUGAUCUAUGCCAUGUACUGGAUAUAAGUUAAAAUGUCUGUCCUCUCGCUAAGAAUUUUAUCUCCCCAUCCUCCUCUCCCACGCUAGUUAUGAAAAUAUCUAUCCUUCCCAUUAUGAAUAGUGUCUCUCCCCACCCCGCCCCCCUUUUUCCAUAUGUUAAAUGAAACGAAGAGGCUAUUUUUAUCAAAAGUGAGUUCCAGACCCUUAAAGUCGAGGGAUUCCAGGGCGCCAAGUUGUCAAAGUAAAUGUGACAAAAUUUUCCCUUCAAAUAUGUUUUUGAACAUAAAACCCAACUUUUUUUUUUUGUCAAAAGAGGCUUCUGGAAAGGAGAAGGGGAAACAACUUUUCUUUCUUUUUUCUUUUUUCUUUUUUUCUCCAAACGUUCCUCUUUAACUCCAGAAUGAAGCUUGUGUAUAUUGUGCGUUAGGAGGUGUCAUGACUAUUUCAGAAAGCCGUUUCCGUUACAGCGCCCCACAACCUCUCAUCCCGGAGCAUCGGCAGCGAGGACCACGGCGGAAACCACUCCGCUCACUGCUGUUCUGCAAAAAAAACAUUUUUGACGCCAGUUUGACUUCUUGGUGUUGUGAAGACUGAAAGCCCUUCUGUUGGAAAGGACCUCAAAGUCCCCCCCACCCACCCACCCACCCAGCCACAAACACCAACGAGGACAGUUUGGCGCGGUUACCUUCUUAUAACACACAACUGAAAGCUCACUCUUUUUCUAAACUUGCAUCUGACUGGUGGCUUAUUGUUAUUGUAGUUUUAAUAAUCUGUUGGCCGGGAAUCAAAUCUAGAAGAUAGCAAGUACAAGUCUCCAUCCCCUCUAUUUUUUUUUCUUCCUUUUUCUUCGAACUGACUGUUAACAUGUUUGUUCCUCUCACUUCAAAGCACUUUAAGACAAGUGCUGUAUAAUUAUUACUGUCAACCCCCCCCCGUCUAGAGCUGUGUCGGCUGUAAAGAUGUAACAUUGCCUUACAUCAACCCCUCAUCACGACUCAAUCACACACACCAUCACCAGUGACUUAGCAGCAGGACUGGGCCGGGUUUGAGCCCAUAACACGGCUGCAUCUGGAAACUACAGUGGCCAAAAUACAGUAUGUCUGCAGCUCUGGACCCCACCACCCACCACCUCCUCCUCCUCCUCCGCCUCAACUCCGACACACCCUCCAGUGUUGCUUUUCCUGUAGAAAAUGCCUACGUCUCACUGCUCCCAGGAUGGAUUUAGAUGACACCUACCUGCAGGGUGUUUCAAUAAGCAGCCAGCUGCCGUUAACCGGAUAACUUCCAAGUAAACAUAGAAAAGAUGAAGUGAAUUUUGCAAACGGUCAAUUUGAUGGAUAACAGUUUAAUCAAGGAUCCAGUAUGUAGUUCUGUUACGUUAUCUCGCUAACAUGGUGUUCAUUGAAAUACCCACGAUUCUACUGACAUUGUAUUAUCUCUUUUUAAAGUUGUUUCUAUUUUUAUUCAUGACAUGUUUUCAUCGUUGCUUUCUCUCUCCUUGUAAAGUGUCUUUGAGUAUUUAGAAAAGUGCUAUACAAAUAAAAUGUUUUAUUAUUAUCACCA